UGUUGUUUGUGUUAGUAUAGGGAAAGUAAUUUUAUCUUUUACUAAUGUUUAUGUUUUUUAUUUAAAAAUGUAUUUAAUUUCUACUGAUAAACUAUGUUUAUCUUUUUAUAUUUUAUUUGUGAUCAACUCAGCUCUGAUAAGAGGGCAAAGUUUUUGGAAAAUUGUUCCCUCUAAGGAUGGUACUGUUGAAGAUGUAAAAGAUAAACUCACUUGGUGCACCAUUAGUCCAGAAGAACAACUGAAGUGCCAAAAUUUUUCUGAGGCUAAUGAUUGGGAUAGAAUUAGAGUUGCAUCCAAAACCAUCAAAAUCGAAUGUCAUCAGGCAGCAAACAAAGAUGAAUGCAUGCAGCUACUGGACGAGGAAAUAGCUACAGUCACUACACUUGAUGCAGGAGCUAUAUUUGUUGGAGGGCGAUAUCAUAGUUUAGUUCCAAUUGCCCAAGAGAUUCUGGAAGGGGGUCAUACUUACUAUUAUGCUGUAGCUGUGGUCAAAAAAGGAACAUUUGAUUAUAUAUCAUCUUUACAUCAAUUACGUGGUAGGAAAGCCUGUUUUGCAGGUGUACAGACCUUUGCUGGCUGGGUUUUGCCUAUAAAUACAUUAAUGAAAGAAGGUGGAAUGGAAAUCAUCGACUGUAACAAUCAUGUAAAAUCAGCUACAAACUACUUCGGCCCUUCUUGUGCCGUAAACUGCUUAACAGAUCAGUAUAAUCCAAUAGGAGACAACUCUGAUAAACUGUGUCAGUUGUGUAUUGGAGCAAUUCCAGGAGGUCGCUGCACAGAUUCAGAUCCAUAUGCAGGUUAUGAAGGAGCAUUUCGAUGUCUACUUGAAGCUGGUGAGAUAGCUUUUCUCAAACACAAUACCGUUCCAGAACUUUUAGCAGCAAUGGAGUAUGGUAGGUAUUGAGAAAAACAUUUUUCU